GCAGGAGUCGUAGAGGAUCGCGUUGCAAUGGCUGCUCAGCAGCAUGAGGUUGUGGUUGUGGAACAACAGCCAGAGGAGCAGGAGAUGGUCGAAGCUCAGACUGCUGUCGUCAGUGUGGUAGAGGCCGAUUCCCAAGAGGUUCUCCAUCAGGUUCACUUCACAAUGGAGGUGAAUGGAAUGACACAGGAGCAACAGGUUGUGGUAGAGCAGUCUCAGGCGGAAGCCCUGGCUGCUGCUGCAGCAGCAAGCGACAACCUCGUCUGCGAGGCCAUCAUCAAUUCUGGCUUCGCACUGGGGACAGAGGAAGCCGUGGUUGAGGAGACCUCGGAGGAAACUGAGGAAAUAGAAAAAGAGGUUUCUGACUGUCCUGAUGUUGAUGAGAGUGUCACUGAGAUCCAGGUGAAGGAAGAGUUUGUGGAGAUGGAGACGGAGGUAAAGAUGACAGUAAUUAGUAAUAACCAGUACGUUUACUGUAUUGCUUUCUGCAGUUUGUCCUUUUUAAAUAUUAGUUUGACAUUACUCUAAAAGUACUAGAACUGACUGCUCAAAAGUCAAAGUCAGCUUUAUUGUCCAUCCAUCCAUCCAUUUUCCUCCGCUUAUCCGGGGUCGGGUCGCGGUGGCAGCAGGCCAAGCAGGC